UUUAAUUCACAUCCGGUGUCAGAUUUGUCAGUGCUCCUAGCACGCUAGUUACUAGGUAAUGCCGAAAGCGUGCGUUUACUAUUUACUUUCACAGCUGUCUCUUUUUUAAUCCGUGCUGUACUUUCUUCAAUCGCGGAAACAUGGUUUUCUACUUCACCAGCGCCAUUGUCACACCACCCUAUACCAUCUACAUGGGGAAAGACAAAUAUGAAAAUGAAGAUCUCAUAAAAUACGGCUGGCCUGAGGACAUUUGGUUUCACGUGGAUAAACUAUCCUCUGCACACGUUUACCUGAGAAUGCCUAAGGGGAAAACGAUAGAUGACAUACCCAAAGAGGUCCUGAUCGAUUGUGCACAGCUCGUAAAGAACAACAGCAUUCAAGGCUGCAAAAUGAACAACAUCAACGUUGUUUACACAUCAUGGGGCAACCUGAAGAAAACUGGAGACAUGGACGUGGGUCAGAUUGGCUUUCAUCGCCAGAAAGAGGUGAAAACUGUGGCUGUGGAAAAGAAAAUCAACGAAAUCAUCAAUCGGCUCGAGAAGACAAAAGAAGAGAAGUACCCCGAUCUCGCAGCAGAGAAAGAGUCUCGAGACAGAGAGGACCGGAACGAGAAAAAGGCUCAAAUUCAAGACAUAAAGAGACGAGAAAAGGAAGACAUGAAGAGGAAAAAGGAGCAGGAGGAGUUAAGGAAUUAUUCAGCACUUAUGAAGAGUGAAAACAUGACCACAAAUGAGGAUGGUAACGAUUCUGAUGAUUUUAUGUAACUGGAAACAUAAAGAUCUGCAGAGCAGACCUGACAUCUUAAACCAUAUGCAUGCUCCGAGGAAGGCCACAGGGUUUGCUGUUAUGGAGGAACUUGCUUUCUGUGCAUCUUAAACACUACCUGUGCCAAGAAAACAUUUUGCUUGGAACAAAUCAUCUUGGAGCAAAUUUACCAAUGGCUUCUUAAAAACACCAAACAAGAAAAAGCAACGUCUGGUGUUGCAGUGCUGUUCAUGAAUCAAGAAACUUUUUUUUUUCUCAGUAUCUUUGCUGAUUUUUCUACAGUGCAAAUUGUCAUUUUCAUUUUUUGUUUCAGUGGAAUGGAAUUGCACGGUUUUAUUAUACCUUAACUGAUCCUGCAGCAGUGAUAAAUUUCUUAUCAGUUUUUUUCCAUAACAGGGCUUGGAUGCUGGUCUGUCAUGGAUUGUAUAGAUUUAUGUGCUUUAACUCUUGACUCAAGACUCUUAUUUUCUUGAAACGUGAAGAGUGCCAGAUGCUAAUUCAAGCCUACUGACAGUGUUAUAUAUGUAUGCCAGCCCUGAUUCAUUUCUAGUUUUUUUUUUUUUGAUUGCAAUAAAUCUUAAACCACAUACCUUUCCUUCUUCAGUGGUUGAUUAGAAAUGUUAUAGGUAACAGAUUGGUUAUCUUUGAAGCAGUUUGUUUUAUAGCUACUGCACUUGAUGAGUAAAAAGCAGUCAGACGCUAAAGUCUGUCCACUUUUAAGAAAGCACUUGUCAGGGUUCACGUACCUGGAGUUUUGUUUGUAACAUCCUGUUGUUCCAUAGCUUUUUGUUCUUUGUUAAUAAUAUAUCUAUUACAUCAAUAACAUGUACAGGUUAUAGAUUGUUAGAUUAUAGAUAAUGUAUCCAAAUCAGACAUGUACAUGGAAUUUGUCUUUAGACUUUACUGUACUGAGACAGGAAAAAAUAAACAAUUUGCCUUGAAGGUACACUUUCAGACAUAAAA